UCAAGGCUAAGCAAUUCAAAAACAAUUUUUUAAAGUUCCCAAAGAAGCUUCAUACAGCUCUCACAUUAAUUACCAAAAGCACUUCUCUUCUGCAUAGCAAUGGAUGCAAUCGCAAGUAUGAUUGCAGACAGGCCGGUGGUAAUCUUUAGCCGGACCACUUGUUGCAUAAGCCAUACCAUCAAGACUCUCAUCGGUGGAUUCGGGGCGAACCUGACGGUUUACGAGCUCGACGAAAUUGCGAACGGGCAACAAGUCGAAAGGGCAUUGCAGCAGAUGGGGUGCAAUCCAAGUGUGCCGGCUGUUUUCAUAGGCCAGCAAUUCAUUGGAGGAGCUAACCAAGUCAUGUCCCUCCAACUCAGGAACCAGCUUGCCCCAUUGCUAAUAAGGGCUGGGGCUAUAUGGAUUUGAAAGAUUGAAGUGAACUUCCAUGAACUCAAAUAAAGUGAUAAAUGGUUUUGUUAUCUGUGUUUCCCUUUUGGCUUAUGUAUGAGUUGCAGAGCAUCCUUGUACACAAUUUUUGGGGCUGACCAGGGUUAUAUAGUAUUUUCCUCGUACUAACUUGUAUUUUUAAUGCCCGUGUAAUAUCUAUCCCUCGUCUGCGCUUUAAAUAAAAGUAUAUCCGCUGUUAUGUAAUGCA